AUGGAUACUCUUACCUUGCGCGGUACUCUUGAAGGUCAUGGCAACUGGGUCACUGCCAUUGCUACUACUUCUGAAGCUCCUGAUAUGGUCUUGUCUGCUUCUCGUGACAAGACUAUCAUCGUCUGGAACCUUACCAGAGAUGAGGUCAACUAUGGUGUCCCUCGUAAGUCCCUUGUUGGUCACUCCCACUUUGUUGAAGACAUUGCCAUCUCUUCCGAUGGUCAAUUUGCCUUGUCUGCUUCUUGGGAUCACACUCUCCGUCUCUGGGAUUUGAACAAUGGUACCACCACUCGUCGUUUCGUUGGCCACACUAACGAUGUUCUCUCUGUCUCUUUCUCUGCCGAUAACCGUCAAAUCGUUUCCGGCUCUCGUGACAAGUCCAUCAAGCUCUGGAACACCCUCGGUGAAUGCAAGUACAACAUCACCGAAGACGGCCACACCGAAUGGGUUUCUUGCGUCCGCUUCUCUCCCAACCCUGCUACUCCUCUCAUCGUCUCUGGUGGUUGGGACAAGCUCGUCAAGGUUUGGGACCUCACCAAGUUGAAGCUUCGCACCAACUUCAUUGGCCACAAUGGCUACGUCAACACUGUCACCAUCUCUCCCGAUGGUUCUCUCUGUGCCUCUGCCGGUAAGGACGGUGUUGUCAUGCUCUGGGACUUGAACGAUGCCAAGCACCUCUACUCUCUCGAUGCUGGCUCCGUUGUCCACGCCCUUACUUUCUCUCCUAACCGUUACUGGCUCUGUGCUGCCACUGCUAACGGUAUCAAGAUUUGGGAUCUUGAAACUAAGUCUAUUGUUGAUGAACUCCGUCCUGAGUUUGCUCAAUUAGGAAAGAGAAAGAACCCUGACCCUGAAUGUUUGUCUGUUGCUUGGAGUGCCGAUGGUGCCACCCUCUUCUCUGGUUACUCUGACAACAUCAUCCGUGUCUGGCAAGUCACCCGUACUCUUUAA